AUGUGCGCUGGGCCCCGUCCUCAGCGCCCGAGGGCAAGGGGACGAGGACGCGGCGACGGCGGCCGCCGCAUCAGAGGUGGGCGGGGCUGUCGGUGGUGGCUGUACGAUGACCACGUCAGAGGGAGCAGCGCGGUUGAGGACGCUGGCUUGGGUAGUGGGGGCGUGCUCCUUGAUUGGCGCUAGUACGGACUCGAUGCCUUGCGUCUAGGUGGUUAAGUAUUUUUUGUUUGAAUUUGA